AGCCGGGACUUCGUGCGAGCGAAGCUGAAUGGAGGCAGCCUCUUCCUGGUGGAUAAACAGUGACAGCUACAGGGCAGCCACCUAGACCCACCACACAGGCUCUGGCGCUGCCCUGGCAAACAACACCAAAAUGGCUUCAGACAGUACACACAUCGCGCAGUUGACUUCUGAACUGUACUUCCUAAUAGCCCGAUUUCUAGAAGCUGGACCGUGUCAAAAAGCAGCCGAGACCCUGAUAAGGGAGGUGGAGGAGAAGGAGCUGCUGCCCAAAAGGCUGGACUGGACGGGGCAGGAACACCCCGGGACGUACGAAAAUUUGGUAAAGCUCUACAGGCACAUCACGCCAGACCACCUGCUGCAGGUCUGCACCAGAGUUUGUCCGCUGCUGGAGAGGGAGGUCCCUGCCAGUGUGCCUGGACUCACCAGCCUUCUAGGAGCUGGCAGACAGAAUCUUCUCCGCACCGCUAAGAGUUGCAAACAUGUUGUGUGGAAAGGCUCAGCGCUGGCUGCGCUGCACUGUGGACGUCCACCGGAGCCACCUGUUAUCUACGGGAGCCCGCCGAAUAUUGUGGAGACGAGCUUCUGCCGUCGACUGAAUGGCGCCUACCGUCUCCGUCAGCUGGUGCCCACGGCCGUGUACACACACAUGAAGAUGCACAAGAGGAUCCUGGGACACUUGUCGUCCGUGUACUGCGUGACCUUCGACAGGACGGGGCGACGCAUCUUCACCGGCUCAGAUGACUGUCUCGUGAAGAUCUGGGGAACAGAUGAUGGGCGUCUGCUGGCAACCCUGCGCGGCCACGCUGCCGAGAUUUCCGACAUGGCCGUCAGCUAUGAGAACACCAUGAUUGCCGCCGGCUCCUGUGACAAGACCAUUAGAGUGUGGUGCUUACAAACCUGCGCUCCUCUGGCUGUCCUGGAGGGACACGCAGCAUCCAUCACCUCACUGCAGUUUUCUCCUCUCUGUAGCGGCUCCAAGCGCUACCUGUCCUCCACCGGAGCUGAUGGCACCAUCUGCUUCUGGCAGUGGGAUGCACGGACACUCAAGUUUGGUCAGAGGCCCAGUAAAUUCACAGAGCGCUCUCGACCCGGCGUCCAGAUGAUCUGCUCCUCCUUCAGCGCAGGUGGUAUGUUCCUCGCCACAGGAAGCACAGACCACAUCAUCAGGGUAUACUACUUUGGCUCAGGCCAACCAGAAAAGAUCUCUGAGCUUGAGUCCCAUACGGACAAAGUUGACAGCAUCCAGUUUUCACAUUGCAGUGACAGGUUUGUGAGCGGCAGCAGGGACGGUACAGCUCGGAUCUGGCAGCUUCACCCUCAGGGCUGGAAGAGCGUUCUGCUGGACAUGCAGACCAAAUUACCCGGGAAGUACAACCCUCCGCCGCUGGAAGACAAGGUGACCAAGCUGAAGGUUACCAUGGUGGCAUGGGAUCGCCAUGACAGCACAGUGAUAACGGCUGCCAACAAUCUGACGUUGAAAGUGUGGAACUCCAUCACUGGAAAUCUGGUCCAUGUUCUGAUGGGUCACGAGGAUGAAGUGUUUGUUCUGGAGCCACAUCCCUUUGAUCCGAGAAUCCUUUUCUCAGCGGGGCAUGAUGGGAAUUGUAUUGUGUGGGAUCUAGCCAGAGGAGUGAAGAUCCGCUCCUAUUUCAACAUGAUUGAGGGCCAAGGGCACGGAGCGCUGUUCGACUGCAAAUGCAGUCCAGAUGGGCAGCACUUUGCAGCCACCGAUUCCCACGGUCACCUGCUCAUCUUUGGCUUCGGCUCCAGCAGCAAGUACGACAAGAUAGCAGAUCAGAUGUUCUUCCAUACCGACUACCGGCCACUGAUCCGGGAUGCCAAUAACUACGUGCUGGACGAACAAACUCAGCAAGCUCCACACCUAAUGCCCCCUCCCUUCCUGGUGGAUGUGGAUGGGAAUCCACAUCCACCAAGAUACCAGCGGCUGGUGCCCGGAAGGGAGGACUGCAGGGAUGAGCAGCUUAUUCCUCAGAUGGGGGUCACUUCCUCAGGCCUGAAUCAAGUGGUGAGUGAACAGGCGGUGGAUGGUCCCAGUCCUCUGGACACCAUGAUUCAGAGGCUGCAGCAGGAACAGGACCAAAGACUGGGAACCAAUGACAUCUCUGCUGCUGCCUCAAACACCAGGUCCAGCAGAGGAUCUGUGGGAUCUCCCACUGAGGUGCACUCCCCGCCCAACGUGGGUCUACGGCGCAGCGGGCAGAUCGAGGGGGUCCGCCAGAUGCACAGCAACGCCCCUCGCAGCCAAAUGGCCACAGAGGGAGAUCUGGUAGCCUGGAGCCGCAGGGUGCUGGUCCCUGAGCUCGAAGAAGCCUCUGUCAGGAGACAAGUGAACUGGCGUGAAGCUAAAGGAGAGGAAGAGAUCAAUAUUUAUCAGUCAGAAAGGAGAAGACGUACUCUCCACUCUCUCCCCAAGGAGAGCAGGGUUCAUCCGACAUCAGAGUGUGUGGUAGAUGAAGCGAGGAGGAGCCAAGGUAACCAUGGCUAUCAAACCCGCGCUGCUAUGGAGGAGACAAGUCGGCAGAGUGCUGAGGCUGCAGAUGAGGAUGAUAGCACCUCAGAGGGAGAGGUGGAGGUACGGCAAAUCAACGGGCACUCCUCAGAGGAGGAGAAGGAUGAAGAGGAGAAGGAGCCCUGGCCAGAUGAGCAUAGUAGUUCGAGCGAUUACUCCAGCGAUUAUUCGGACUGGACAGCCGAUGCCGGGAUCAACCUUGAACCGCCCAAGAAGAGCGUUAAAGUGAAGAAGAAAAGCAGCGGCUCAGAGGAGGACGGGGAGAAGAAGAGGGAGGGGAAGAAGGAAAGGAAGAAAGACAAAGCAGAUAAAGAUGGCGCAUUACCAAAGAAGAAGAAGCCAAAGGAGAAGAGGAAGAGGACGCAGUUUCAGGAGCAAGGGCUAACUCUGGAGGAAUGGCUUCCCUCUGCCUGGAUCACGGACACGGUCCCCCGGAGAUGUCCUUACAUACCCCAGAUGGGCGACGAGGUGUACUACUUCAGACAGGGCCAUGAAGCUUACGUGGAGAUGGCCAAACAGAAAAAAAUUUACAGCAUCAAUCCUAAGAAGCAGCCGUGGCACAAGAUGGAGCUCCGGGAGCAGGAGUUGAUGAAGAUAGUUGGCAUCAAGUAUGAGGUGGGUUUGCCCACGCUGUGCUGCCUGAAGUUGGCGUUUCUGGACCCAGACACUGGAAAAUUAACCGGGGGAUCUUUCUCUAUGAAGUACCACGACAUGCCUGAUGUAAUCGACUUCUUGGUGUUGCGGCAGCAGUUUGACAACGCCAGAAAAAGGCAGUGGCGCAUAGGUGACAGGUUUCGGUCAGUGAUCGAUGAUGCCUGGUGGUUUGGGACCAUUGAGAGCCAGGAGCCCUACCAGUCCCAGUAUCCUGACAGCUUGUUCCAGUGCUACAAUGUCUGCUGGGAUAAUGGAGACACAGAGAAGAUGAGUCCUUGGGAUAUGGAACCCAUCCCCGAUGAUGCCACGUUUCCGGAUGAGCUGGGCCAGAGUGUUCCGCUCAUCGAGGAGGAGCAGAAGGAGCUGCUGUACGUUCCCCUGGACGGUGAAUGGGGCUGCCGCACACGCGCCGAGGAGUGCGAACGCAUCAUCAAAGCCAUCGACCAGCUCUGCACGCUCGAUGUUGCAGCACCGUUUGCCUUCCCAGUGGACCUGCAGGCGUACCCCACGUACUGCACAGUAGUGGCCUACGUCACUGACCUCAGCACUAUACGCCAAAGGCUGGUGAACCGCUUCUACAGGCGGCUCUCCUCUCUGAUGUGGGAGGUUCGCUACAUAGAACACAACGCCCAGACGUUCAACGAGCCGGGGUCAUUCAUCGUCACCACCGCCAAGUUUGUCUCUGACCUCAUGCUGCAGUUCAUUAAGGACCCAAGUCUGACAGACAUCAUGCCCCUCUAUAAAACUAUGAAGAAGGCGACCUUCUCUGACUCUGAAGACGAGGAUGACGAGGAAGAGGACGAAGAUACUAAUACUCCUGGAACAUCCACACGGAACCACAAGGCCCGUCGACCCAUGCAGCGCCAGCUGCGAGCUCGACCUCAUUCGUACGACCCUCACGCGUGGAAGGGACGCUGCAAAGAGCUGCUGGAUCUCAUCUUUCAAUGUGAAGACUCUGAGCCCUUCAGAGAACCCGUAGACCUACAAGAGUACCCGGACUACCUGCAAAUAGUCGAAUCACCGAUGGACUUUGGCACUGUUCUCAACACGCUGACGGAAGGAAAGUACCAGUCUCCCAUUGAGCUCUGCAAGGAUGUCAGGCUCAUUUUUAGUAAUUCCAAAGCUUACACGCCCAGUAAGAAGUCUCGGAUUUAUAGUAUGAGCCUAAGGCUUUCUGCCCUGUUUGAGGAGCAUAUCAGCCCCAUCCUGGCUGACUACAAAGCCAUCCACGGCCUGACUGAUAAACUGACCAAACAAGGCACCGACAGACAGACACGACACACUACAGACAGACAGACACGGCACGUAAUGAAGAGGAGGAGGAGGAGAAGCGAAUCUCCUGCAAGCAGCACCGCGUCCAGCCCAGAGAGGAAGAGACGCGUAUCGUCCAGAGUGAACGCAAAGAAGGAGCCUUCGCCUGUCCCUUCACGACCCUCCUCUCUGAGGCAGAGCAUCCCCGUCAAGCAGCAGCCGCCUCAGAUGGUCAACGGCAAAGCAGAAACGCCAGCUCCAGGACGCACGCGUAGCGCUGCGCGCCAUACUACACACUCACUACCCUCCUCAUCCUCAUCACAUAACGUCACGAACAGCACGCCGAGCACAACAGAGUCGACUCGCUCGUUGCGGGCUCAUAACUCUGUGCCAGCUUCGUCAUCACCAGCUCCUGAGAAGGUGACACCUUCCCAACCCACAGAGAGUAGCAGCGGAAGCACUCGACGGAAACUCAGGACACCUGUUCGACACACACCAGGCUCUCCUGGCAGCACUUCAUCUCAUAGCACAGUCCACCUGAAUGGCCACGGUAGUCAUGUGACCCUAGGUGUGGGAAGAAGGGGGAGGAAGUCGAGAACAGAGCCGCCAGUGAGUCCACCAGAGGUCUCAACCCCGGCCAGCCCUUCAAGACCGCGAGGUCGCCCACCUGGCAAGAAGAGAGGCAGGAAGAGCAAGCAGGAGGCGGAGGACACAAGACAGAGCGGCAGCCGCAGGAGCUUCACCCCUGACGACGAGGUCGACCCGUCUACAGGCGACGAAGGCGGCAUGUCUUCUGCACAGGAAGUGUUGUCGGACUCUGGCAUGGCGUCGACGCCGAGACGGCGUGGCCGGCCCCGAGUGGUGAGAAUCGAGGAACCUGCUCCUCCUCCUGAGUCACCGGAGCCCUCGCCACUGAGGAGGAGCAGCAGAAGGGCCAACGAAGAGGGCACGCCUCCGCUCCAGACCCAACGACCCAGCCGGAAAGAACCUCCUAAGGAGGAGGAGGAGGCAGGCGACGAGGCAGGAGGGUCCAUGCGCACACGUAACCAAGGUCGACGGUCAGCCUGGUACAUGGAGGAGGACUCCGAGGAGGAGCAAAGGCAGCUGCUGUUUGAGGACUCAUCAAUAACCUUUGGCACCUCCUCAAAAGGGCGUGUCCGCAAACUGACAGAGAAAGCCAAAGCCAACCUGAUUGGCUGGUAACGGAGGAGCCACGCAGGCUGGGACAUGUUCGCUCGUGCGUUGGAGGACUGGGAGGGCGGAGUGGAGGAAGUCACGCUUAGCGGUGUAUGCAUUUGUGUGCGUAUGUGUGCGUACAUCCAUGGAGUCGCUGGUUCAGCUGCUGCUAUUUGAAGCUGAGGAGAGCAAAGAGUUACCAGCCCACUCCUUGUCGCUGCCCCUCCCCUUCCACCUUCCUCUCUUGCCCAGUAAGCACAUCUGUACGACAUCCGAUGGCAUGUUCGCGUGUUCCAGCUCCUCCUACAUUAUUGAUCCAUGUUGGAUCCCGCAGGAGCGCGAAUCACAGAGCCUCAUGUCGACGGUGUUGUGACUCCUCUCUUGUGAACCACUCUGUCUCCUUCUGACCUUGUACACAGUUUGGUGUCAGAUUGGGUAAAGUUGUUGGUAGUUGGAGACUUUUAGUACUUGAAAAAAAAAUCACGAGGAGGCCAGAUGUAUCUUAUCUAACUUUUACUAUUUUUGAGGACUUUUCAAGCGUCUCCGCCGGACAGAUGGAAGAUGCCCACGGAGCUGAAUGCGGUAAUGGACGACGGGACCGCUGGCCUAACGACGUCCUUUUCCCGCUUCCCCCUCUCUCCCUCCCUUCCUCAUUGUUCCCAGUCUUUUUUUAUACAACCUGCUCUCUGCUUUUUCUAAGAUUUGUACGUGAUCACUGCUCUCUGUUUUGGAAGUCUUACACGUUGGCUGACCUAUCUGUCUGCGCUAAAAUACCAAAUGGUGUACCUUUUCGGAGGUACUGUAGAUCUGUAGGUUUUGUUUACUAUUGAUGUGUUUGGGUGUUUUUUCUUUUCCUUUCUUUUCUCUUUGCAUGUUAUUAGAA